GCGUGAUUGGGCCACGGUCCAUAGCGGUCAAGGGCGGCGAUUCUGCCAGGGGCAAAAAGGCCGUUAGCCUUAGCGAAGUACUGUUCCAUCAGACCUUCCCAUCUUUUCCUCCUUUGCGGGGGUAUUGCCUGAUCCUUCUUCAUUCCUCGCUGCUUCAAGCAAUGCCCUUGUUCCCAUCCCGCUCCCCUACUCUCCUGCCAAUCUCAUAGCUUCAUAUGCCGGACUUGUCGGUCACUGCAGGUGCAGUAGAGUGUGAUAUCGCCCGAUAACAUACAUACGAUACUUUGACACAGAAUGGUCGGCGUUCCUCGCAGCAAAGGUUGUUUGCUCUGCCGCAAAAGACGCAUCAGGGUUGGUUAUUGUCCUUCCAUAUCAAAUUAUCUCUUUGUAUUGUUGGCUAUCGCUAACAUCCCUGGUUAACUUCGAUGGGAGUAAUUAGUGCGACCAAGACCGCCCGCAUUGCUCGCAAUGUCGUAAAUACGGCGCCGUGUGCCCCGGCUAUAAGCGCUCUCUGAAGUUUCAGGACGAGGGGCCCCGUCUGCAGGAACGCUAUCAUAUAAUGUCUCCAAGUGCGGAUGGGAGCGAUGAGAGUGAAGGUCUAGUAUCGGACUCGGUCCCCGUACGAACCUUAAUACAAAUGCGUCGCUUUGCGGAAUCCUCUCUCGACGAACGGAUUUGCCCGUCCUUGGCAUAUAAGUCCUUCUUGAGUCAGCAGCCACGCAUCUUCAAAGACUUUGUCUGUGCUUCGUUCCCUACCAUGUACUACCAUAAUGAAUUUCGGUUCGGAAACGGGUUUACCUUCCCGGAUAACGUCGUUAAAAAGUUUGGCUCCAGGCCGUACUAUGAUGCGACGGUGUUGUGUCUGUCUAUGGCCUAUCUAGCCCAUUUAACGCAGGACCCCAAUCUAGAAUACGCAAGUCGACAUAAAUAUGCGGAAGCUUUGGCUGGCAUCAAAAAUGCCCUGAAUUCGGAUGAUGCUACGUCGGAUGCCCUCCUGAUGGCAGUCAUACUGCUGGCCUUCUAUGAAAUGAACGUACGCACUACCGAGGACGCAUGGCUCCACCACGCAAGUGCAGUGAGACAGCUGAUGCGAAAGCGUGGCAUGAAAGCCCACUUGACGGGCCCUGGCCGCGUUUGUCACUUUGCUUUCAGGCCAUUUCUUAUUGGUGCCGCUAUUCAAAGGGGCGAACCAUGUUUCUUAAGUGAAGAUUCGUGGCAAGAAUUGGCGGCAACCCUGCGAGAUGAGGAUUCUCAGAAGCAAAGCGAAUGGGCUUUCUACAUCGACGUUUAUGAGAGAAUUUUUAUGGAGCUCGUAAAGUGCCCUGGAUACGUCAGGGAAGCCCGGGAACUUGUUUCGGUGACCUCACCGGAGGCCAGAUCGCUGGUGCACCGCAUCCGUACAACAUGCGAUCAACUUCAGAGGCUGAGCAAAGAAAUGCGAACCUUGCUGAGUUCACAUAAUCAACGCAACCAGGGGAUCACCCUCCGUUUCGUCGGGCCGGAACCCAAGCUUUUCCCUGAAACAAGUCCGUCUCUCCUCCUCCGUGCUGGCGUUGACGCUGUUCGCAUCCUGGAACAAAUCCUAAAUCGGAUCACCAUACCUACGAUUACCGGAGAGCCAGACUUUACCAUACAUGAUGGAGCGCUAACACCCGAAUCGAACCCCGAAAGUGCUGAUGAUGCUGAGAGGCCGCUUCUAUCCUUUAAACUGACGUGCGAUCUUGGAGACGGCCCAGCUGGUGAGGAUGACCAGCGUGUCUUUACCUGGCUGGACCGAGUCGCUGGAGCCAUGGGGUUGUUAGGGGCUGAAAUUACGUAUGGGCCCAAACCUGGAAUACAGACGGACCUAGCCUUACGAACGGUUCGCACUUUGACUCCAGUCGACGAUGAACUCCCGGAGCCUCGAAGAUCGUCGGGCUGAGGGAGCCCGGCGGACUGUGCUCAACUAACUUGCCGAAAACACAGUUCGAAUAAAAGCCAUGGGAUGUGUGCGCCAUGGACGGAAAUGACCCGACUUAUCUGGUUCUAGGAAAAGGAGGCUUCCACGUCAUUUUCGCAUACCUCCUCACCAAACAGCCCAAUUGUUCCUGCCCUUGAGCUUGCCGAGCGCAGACAUCGCCCAGCGCUGGGGUCAAUUUUCAAGACAUAACCGCUACGUUACGCUGGUCGGUCGCAUGUCAUGGCUGGAAGGACAAUCAGGGGCAUAAGUUCUAACCAGAAAAGGCAAGCAAUAUAAAAUGCUUCUUCUGCCCGUAGAAUUAUCUGUCAUUCUUGUCUGUUAGGUUCCCUGUCUAGACAUCCCCGGGGUACCUAGGAUUGCUUGCUAAAUGAACAAUCUGGACAUAUAACCACUAUAAUAUAAUCAUAAUAAAACAUAUUUAUUCUCUAUGCACGUCUUGAUGA